CAACAAAGGCGUCACACCGCAUACUGACAGCCGACCAGCAAUGGGGCCCCUCUCGACACAUGGAAGGCUCCAGCACAGCGGAGAAGCGAGAGUCCAUCCUGCACCACCACUCUGUCGCCUCCUUUCCAGCUGUCUCCCCUACAGCGACAGACUCUACAACUCAGCCUUGGAAUGGA